GGAGUGAGAAUAUUUACUAGUAAUUCUGAUUAGAAAAAUCUUAACACUGUUUUAUCACACUAUGUUUUCAACCUGCAAAUUUGCAAUGGGUACCUAACCCGUGGCUGACGUUUAAUUUUAUUUAUUUAUAUGAAAUAAAUUGUACAGUUUAUAGUGAUAAGAAUCAUAAUUGUGUUUAUUUUUAUCGAUUUUUAAUAAAUAUAGUUCAUGAUUAAGAAAUAAUGUCCUUCGAGUACUUGCCCGUGGCUGAAGACGAAAACGAAGAACCCAUAGAACUACCUAUCGAGGAAGAUGGGACUCUGAUGUUAACAACAGUCUCAGCACAGUUUCCUGGCUGUUGUGGACUGAAGUAUCGCCAUCCAGAAACGAAAAAUAUCCGUGGAAUAAGAUUAAGAGAUGGCAGGUUGUAUCCUCCCCCAGAAGGAUGGGGAACUCAUUUGUAUAUUUGCAGUUUCCCUAAAGAAAACAAACGCAAAUCGGGUGAAAAUUCCGAAACGUCCUUGAUAAAAAAUAAAAGGAAUGACAACUUAUGCUCUGAUUUGAUUGUACUUGGUUUACCAUGGAAAGCAACUGAACAAACUGUUCGUGAGUAUUUCGAGAAAUUUGGAGAAGUUUUAAUGGCGCAGCUCAAAAGAGAUCCGAAAACAGGAAUGUCUAAAGGUUUUGCUUUCAUACGUUUCGCUUCUUAUUCAUCUCAAAUAAGAGUGUUAGCUCAAAGGCACAUGAUUGAUGGGCGAUGGUGUGAUGUUCGGAUACCAAACUCUAAAGAAGGCUCUGUUACAUCUAUGCCUUGUAAAGUGUUUGUUGGACGAUGCACAGAAGAUUUAACAGCAAAUGAUUUGAGAGAAUACUUUUCACAGUUUGGUGAAGUGACAGAUGUUUUUAUUCCAAAACCAUUCAGAGCUUUUAGUUUCAUAACAUUUUUGGAUCCAGAAGUAGCACAAAGUCUCUGUGGCCAAGAUCAUAUUAUUAAAGGUGUUUCUGUGAAUGUAUCAAAUGCGUCUCCUAAACAAAAUAAGGGUGGAGCAAACCAAAGGAAUUUACCUAGCAGAAACUAUGAAGAAGGACACCCACACAAUAUCUCUAAUAAUAACUCUUGGAGUAGCCGUAAUAUGGAUAUGGUAAAUAUGCAAGCUCUUGGUAUGUCUGGUCAGCAUGGGCAGUCUGCAGUAGCUGGUGGAGGUGGGCAAGCUCAAGGUGGGAGUAUGCCAUUAGGAAUGGGUGGCUUGCCUGUGAAUCAAGCCUUAGUUGCAGCGGCCCUCAACCAAGCUGGUUGGGGACUAAUAAACAACAUCCCAUCAGGAGGAUCCGAACAAGGUGCAUUUGCUGGUCCAGCCUCAUCUGCUCCACCUGGUCCACCUAACUUCCUGUCGUGGAUGCAACAAGGUACUUCAGCUCAGGGUCCUUCUAGUCAAUGGGGGCAAAGACACCAAUCCCAGGGCCACUCUGUUUGAUCCAAUAUCUGAUUUGACAAGCUCAUGAUAAUCACUGUGAUUGUAGCAACAAUUAGAUAAAAUUAUCAUUUUGUUUUUAACUAUUAUACAAAUGGGUUGUUCUGCGGGUGAAGAGUGGUUAACCUACUUGUUUGCUACAGAUGUUAUUUAUUUAUUGGAUUUCAGGAACUGCUUGUGUUUUGUUGAUUUUUUCUUUAUACAUACCUCUUUAAAUAAUUAAAAUAAUAGACGGAUGGUGUAGUAAUUAAUGAAUUGGACAUAUAUAUACCUGAAAUGGUAGAUAACUAUGUAUGUUUAUAAUUAAUAUAAAUGUUGUGCUUUUAUUUGUCAAUUCACUUUUUGAAAAUGGCCUUAAAUCUACUAAUUAGUCGCAAUAUUAUCUAAUCAGAUUGUUUUACGUUCCACCACUGGAAUAUGCUAUUAUAACAUUUUAUUUUAUUAACAGAAUCAAAGUAUUCAACAAAAAGAUCAAUCUUGCUUCAAUUUUAAAAUAAAUGUGUUAUUUCUACAUGGUAAUAUUUAUAAUGGGAUUGGAAGUAUACAUACACUCUGAGGUUAAUACAUUUAUUAUUAUAAGGUAAAGCAACAGAUAAUAAUUUAAUAUUUGUCAUUAUUUUUGCACAGUAUUGUGUUACAUAAGAAUAUUCUGACAGCUUCACUUUACACUUCACUUCAUGAUUGCUAUCAUUGUAAAAUUGCCCUCUUAUUUUUCUGGGUAAAACCCAAGAAAUAAAAAGUGUGAUUUUGUCAGAUAAGUACUAAUAUUACUGUCUACAAUAAUUUAAUAUUGUUAUUGCAUUAUGAAUAGGUGUAAAUUGCCUAUUUUUUCUAUAUUUAAAUAACAAUCAUUCAAAAACCUUUCAAAAAUUAGAACCUAUUAACAUUUUUUAUCCCAAGUAUAUCUGACAUGAUUGAUAAGAAAAACACAGUUUUUGUCAUAUUAUUAUAUCAGUGGCAGCUUGGUUAGAUUAGUCCUUGGCUUUGAUAGUAUCCCUUACAGCUGGUACUUGGAGACUUUUGUUAGAAUUGAUAUAAACCAACUGACUAUAUUUCUAUACCACUUUAUCGAUCUAGUGCUCAGGGUUUGACUUGAAAGUAUGACUAUCGCCAUUCAGCAUAUGAAGUACUAGACAAGAUCAUUAAAUGUUCCACAAAAUAAGUGAACACCAAACCUAAGGAGAACACCAAAUUUAUCUUUCCUACUCAGGUAAUACCAAGAUAUAUUAAACAUGUGCCAGAGUUAAUUUGAUCUGUUUUUAAUCUCUGCCAUUUUUUUAUAAUUUGUAUUUUAUUCACAACAAUCACAAACACAGCUUUAUAUACAAUUGAAUAUAACAAUUAUUAAAGCACACAGCUAAUGAGUGUUACUUUUAAUAGAAACUUAUUUAAUUUUAUUUACUAGAGUUUAGGCUCUAAAAAUUGAAAAACCUUUCUUGAGAAGAUAAUAAACCAUCUUUCAACUAACUAUUCUAAUUCUCAGGCGAUGAAGGAAAUAUAGUGUGCUGUUGCUUUUGCACAUACUUUUAUUAUAAAAAAAAAUAUUAGUACUCAUAAAAUAAGAACCUACAUGCACAAGACCUAUAGCUGGAAAACAAGAUUUCCUGUGUUUUGCUAUACAUGGUUCUGAGUCAAUAAGGAACCCUUAUAGUUUUGCUGUCUGUUCGCCGAUCCAUCUGCAGCUUAGCUCAGUGACUGUACUGUGAUGGCAAAUGGGUAUAUAAAUAAAUUAUACAUACAUAUUUAUUAGCCACUGAGAGAGGUAAAAUAAAAAAUUUUAACAAAAUUUUUAGGGUAACUUCUUAAUUUUUUUUGGCCUAUCUCGAGGUGUGGUUUGUCGUCAUAACGGUUUAAAAAAAUUUGUAAAGACAAUUUUUCUACGGAACCCAUCCAUCCAUAAACACCUUGCACUGGAAUCGCCGUACUGCAGCAAUAAACAAAAUCUUCAUAUAAAUAAACUUGCUUAGAGAAUGCAAUCCCGCAACAUAAUUUCAAACCAGGUAUUCAUGGGAUCUAGCCGGGAGGACUUAAAUUUUUCUAAUUAAUUCUAAUAAAGACCUUAAUUAAACAAAGCAUUUUCUAAAGCAUACCUUCUGAAUGGUAUUGACCAGGAUCAAUGUCAAUGGUUCUACGGCUUUAUAACAGUCUUAUCAUUAUUUAUAGGUUGCGGCCAACCCGAAGCGAGUUACAGGCACAACAAAUUUCAUUUUCACAUAUUUGAAACACUCAUGUUUUAUAGUGUUUAAUCAAAAAAUAACCCUGGGAUUGCUUUCUAAUUCAAUCAGUUUACAUAUUUAAAAAAUACCUUAAAUUGGCAGAGUAUAAUAUAUUUUCACAAGUUUUGCAAGGGAAUACUGAUUUUUCGUCCAUAUGCGCCUUGAAUUUACACGUAUGAGGCCAGGACUCCACCAAAGCAGAAAUGUGUGCGGUGUGCUGUGCAAGAAGAGAUGUUUUUCAGCUCGGGGGACUCCACCAAAGCGGAGAUGUGUUCUGUGUGCUAUGCGAGAAGAGAUGUUUUGUUGAGUGCUGGAGUGAGUUGCUGGCGGGCGAGAGGUCGUCCGCGCACAGCUCACAUCUCCGCUUCCAUCGCGCCAUACAAAUAUUACACAUCACCCCACAGCGAUCUCCACUGAAGCUGAGCGGAGAGAUGUGUCAAUAACACAAUUCUAUUGGUAGUUUAAAAAAACAUCUCUCCGCUCGUCUCGUCUCCGCUUUGGUGGAGUCCCGGCCUGAAACACGCUUCUCUGUAAUCCCGCCAGUCUGGACUCCCGCUGGCGGGAUCCCGGUAUUGCAUUCAAUAUCGUUGAUUGCAUUCCCAUAACUUGCUAUUAAACAUGAAGAGUGAAUUCUAAAAAUAAUGGUUGUUAUUUUAUUUCAUUUCUAAGCGUUAUUUGAUAGGUGGUUUAUUCGAUUUAUUUAACAAAAAAGUGAAGUUGCGAGUUGUCAGUAAUCAAAGAAAAACAAAGUAUAGCUCACUUGCCUUUGAGAUGUUGCUAAAAAAAAUAAUGUUUAAAAUAAUAGAUAUCGUCAGCAGCGUAAUGUAAUUAAUCAUAAUAGUUAAAUAUGUUUUUAAUUGAAGCUUUAUUUUAUUGAAUAUUAUUAUUUAAUAAAUUUAUAUUUACAUUUAAAUGUAAAAAAUAUAAAGCGAUGUUCUUUAUUACAUAUGGCAGAAUCAAAUUAUAAAACCUUUUUAGCUACCUACCUACCUCUGUUUUUUUGCCGUUCAGUCUGCUUACCUACUCAGUACUUAUUUGGAAACAUUAUGUAACAAUUUAAUUAAAAAAUCUGUAUCUUGUGGAAUAGAUAAAGGUCGCUUAUAAUCUGAAUCUGUUUCCAUUCGUUUGUAAAUAGGGUAGGGGGUAAAUUACUUAUAAUUUAUUAAACAUGACUCAAAUAUCUUAAUUCUGUUUGCCAUAGUCAAGAUAAAAUUACCAUUUGAUAGAAUUAGGAAACUUUUUUGUACAUUGAAUAGGUAUUAUGUUUGAACAACAGACUGUUGAAAGUUCAUACUUGUAUAUUGAAAAAAUAGAAAUCUAUUGAAUUGUUAUCAUUGUUUAUCAAUAAUGUUGAUUAUAAUAAAUUUAUUGCGUGUUUCCUCAGAUGGAUGUGGGUAUGAAACUUGGGAGACAGAUAUAUAUUUUUGUCGAGAUUGACUAGAAUAUUUUUGUGAAUAAGCAAUGUGGUAUUGUUUAUUGAAUGGUAGAUAAAUGUUAAAUGUGUGCACUGAUGCAAUAACCACUGUAAGCUUAUGACAGAAUAUAAGGACAGGCUGUACAAAUUUCCAAGACUGUAAAUAUGGAAACAAAGUGACGUCAUACGUUAGUAAUAAAAUCAGUCAUAAUUUAUAUGUAAUUAUUAGACUUGCAACCAUACAUUUUAAAUAGGAAAUACUGGUAUUGGUAUUGAAGCUGAAAACUAAUGAUAAUAUAUGACUAAGCUUACUGUAACGAGAUAAUUUAUAAACUACCAUACUCGGUAAAUAGAUGUCAAUUCUGGUUAAAUUUAAAUAUUGUGAUGAUAGUGUUCAUUAUUUAUUUUUUAAACAUAGUUAAGCAUACUGCUUCAAGUUAGUAUCGAUUUGGAAGUCAUCAUUAAUCAUUCUUCGAAACAAGAGUGCCUAUCUGGGGCAGAAACCCAGGUCUUGUAGAAAACCACAGUGAAAUAACACUACCUUUUGGUUGUGGUGGCAAUUUUCGUAACUGUGAAUGAGAACUCUGUUUCUAAAGCUCUAUGUGUAAGGGAUGUGGGCAGAGUAGAUAACGCAAGUGAUACUUUCGCAAGCGUCCAUAGCAUCUUUUACAUCUUUUGACUUAAUCUAUACUAAUAUUAUAAAGCUGCAGAGUUUGUUUGUUUGUUUGAACGCGCUAAUAUCUGGAACUACUGGUCCGUAAUUUUUUUUUUCAUAUUUAGGGAUCCGUAAUAAAAUUGCUAUUUUGUAACACAAGGUGUAAAAUCGAAAACCUAUUUUUGCGUGCGCUGCAAAAACUAUUGACAAUAGAACAAAAUGAUGUACUACGGGUUUGUAGAUCCCAUUAAGACCUACAAAAAAGUCCGCGAGAACAUAUAUCUAGCUAUCAUGGUUUAAUCACAAUAACCGAUUUUGUGUUCAAAAUAAUUAUUAAAUCGUCUGAAGAAAAAAAAAACUACGUUAAAUAUGUAUCGUUAUAUUAAAAACACAAACAACCUCUUGACUUUCACCCCUCUACCACCCAUAUUUUUAUGGCGAUACGAAGUUCGCUGGGUCAGCUAGUAAAUUUAUAAUCCACGUGUUUUAAUGCGAAUUUGUAAAAUAAAUUACGUUGAUGUUUGAGAAAAAAGUAUGACUAUCGCUGUUCACCAUAUUAAAUAAAUAAGUAGAACAAUAAAUUUGUAAAAUAAAGUAUAACUAGUAUGAAAAUAAAUAACUUUUAUUAAAAAGGUAGUAGGCACUCCGAAGUAAAUCCAUAAUAUUAUUAUUUCAAAGCAUUUAACAAAAUACGCCAUUGGAUGGUCCUACUGUUAUUUAAUUUUGCACCCUCCAACAUUAUUGUUGCAAGUCUAAUAAUAUCUAUUCUAAUAUUACAUACUGUAAUACAGACAGCCGUAGCUGUUAAAAAAAACUACGUAUUAGAUAAGUAUAAAGUCAUUUUGACAAAAUGUGUAUCAACACAGAAGCCUUAAGGACGUUCCCUGUUAUGAAGUACAAUACAAUCAAAGUUUUGGUAAUUUUGAUACAAUACGGUAUGAGAAAUCGAUUAUUCCACUAGAUUUGCACUUUAUUUGAUGUUAAAUCAAUGUCAUGUAAAAUAUCUGAUAAGAUUGAUAUGAACCAAGUUUAAUGUGUUAUAAUACUUAAAGCUUCGUUCAUAUUGAAGCGAAUCCCGCGCGGGACACGGGACGAUUGCGCCAGCUAACUUUUAUCCCACAUUCACAAUGUCGCGAAUAGUCGCGCUUGCUGUAGUGACAUGUACGCAGGAGAGUGUUUCCGAAUAUUUUUUUGUGCUGUUCUUGAUAAAACAUACAGUAUUCUUUUGCAUAUAAUAAUAUUUAUAAAAUCUUUUCGCAAGUGUGAAACUUAUCAAAUUCUAUGCGUGUGAGCAUUAGGUGCGGGAUCCGCCUGAAUUUGAACGAGGCUUAAUUCAUGAUGUCCGCAAUAUUUACCUACCUAUUAAGUUUAUUUAUAACUUAAAUAUUAUUUUCUCUAAGUGGAGGAAUUGGAUUUGGUUUUGUGUUAUUGUGUAUAAUGUGUUUCUUUUUGUUUGACUUUGUUGUUUUAUAAUAACUUAUUUCAAAUUAUCAUUUGUUUUGGUUCUAAUUUAUAUGCAUGUCAACGGUAUUAAUUGUAAGAAUUUAAGUGUGUUUUAUGUUAGUGGUAAUAGGUUAUGUUUUCAAACAUGUAGGUAACAUACAAAGUCAAUUUCAAUCUAAAUAACGUAACUAACAUAAAUGUCCACUCAGGACAGUAUUGAACUUAUAUAGAUUUAUAUAUAGAUAGGUAAUUUGGAAAUGGCAUAUAGAGUCGAGUAUUUCUCAUUAAUUAACUUUCUUUCUAUUUGAAGUGAAUUGUAAAUAAGUUUAAAAUUAAAUUUCUAAAUAGCUCCAAUAGCUCACAACUUGAAUGUAAUUUCUAAUUUACUUAUCUUAAAAUCUAAGCUUUUCACUUUUAUGGUUUUCAUAGUGUCACUAAAACUUCCAUCUGAUUCUAUGCGCUAUCACUCUAGCUGCUUAAUCAAUAAUAAUGUGCAAUAACUAUUAAAUUGUGACCAAACUUUUAUUUUUAAACGAAGUAAUAUGGUGCAUUAUUAAUGCACUUAAAUAUUGAGAAAUGAAUAAAUAUAAUUAAGCCCAAACACUUUUAAAAUUUGCAUUGAAACAAUAAAAUAAAAUGCUUUUCUCUAUAUUAUUUUAAACAUAUUAAAGGAAAAUGUGUUAUUCGCUGUAAAGUGAAGUAGUAAAAUCGUCGCCAGUUAAAUGUUAGAAAACAAUAAUUAAAAAUGUAAAUACAUCGGAUUGAAAUAAAGUGACGACGUACUUAAUUUUAAUAAAAUACUUAUUACCUACCUAUUAAUUUGUCCAAUAUAUUUGCAAAAGGCGAUAAGUUAAAAUGAACUUGCAAAAUACCUACCUACCUAGAUUUGUGUCUUUUAAAUAAUUUAAAUGCCAUACCUAUUACUUACGUUUCUACAGCUUUUUUUGGAAAUAUGCUUACUAAUUCUUAUACAAGGUUAAUAUUUUGCAAAAAUAAAAAAUGACUGUGCAUUGAUAGGGAGGUACAAAUGUUACCCUAAUACCAAGCCUUAUUAUUAAUUAACACAGGGUUGGAUAGUACAGCGUUGUCGUGUGCGUCAGUGUUGACUUCAAUAUACCAGCUUGAAUAUUUUGAAGUCAGUCCGCUCUCCCGCCACCCACGCUAACAGUAACUGCAGAGUUGGACGGCAUCUAUACUCGGUUAUAGCCAUUGAUAGCUGAUUUACACUGGUCUAUAAAGGUCUUCGGAGAACUGACUCAUAUUGCUUACAUGCAAAUAAUAAGUAGCAAUAGCACGUAGUCUUUGAGGAAAAAUCAAUCCGGGAAUCGCCAGAAGUUUCAACUAUAGUUCAAUGUCUUGAAAAAAUAAAAUUCUAUUAGUAAGAUAAUAGGAGUUGAUGGAAAUUUUAGAAAAAGAGAUACUUACAUAUCUAUAAGAAAAUAAAAUAUACAGUCGAACACAGAACCUCCUCCUUUUUUGAAGUCGGUUAAUGAUUUUAAUUUUUAUAAGAAAAUAGAGCUAGUUUCUAAUGUAUUGUAAACUAAUAAUGAUUUGAUGAUGCUGUGGAGUAAAAACUGGCUUUGAGAUUAACGCCAAAGAGUUUAGGACGAAUAUUUACUGAUCAACGGCUGACUUGACUUGUCGAAUAGAUAGAUAAAGCCAGUACAGCUGGCGAGGGUAAUGAGGGAGUAGAUAUUGCCUAAAAAUAAAAUAUUUAAGCGGGAAUAUUGAAGUCAAAUCUGACGCGACAGCGCUUUACUAACUCCAAAUCAUUUUACUCUUAAGUAUUGGAUCUCGACUGAUGACUUGAAAGUCAGUAAAUACCCUGUGUACCUCAGGCUUUAUGUACAAUAAGCGAUUUAGCUAAAUAAACCCUUGUUCUGUUUAGGUGAAAGGAAAAUUCUCGAGGUGCUCUGCGUCAUGGCUUUUGUAUGAUCAUGUGCGCAAUGGCUGUAAGAUAUGAAAUAUUUGAGAAGAUUCUGUAAAUUAAUGAUUGUCUAUUUAUUGUCAGAGUGCAGUGUCGUGUUGAAAACUUGUGUUUUAAUGUGGCGUAAACUUAUUGUAAAUAACACAAAUAGUGAAAUGAUUGUGAUCAACUGGUGUGUGUCUAUUUAACUAAUCAGGGGGCCAUUCACCGAACGGAAAUGCUUUGGAAAACGCUAACGCUUUCGAUUUUAUUUUGUUAUUUCUGACCGCCGAAGGUUUGUAAAUACCUCACGCUCAUUUUUUUUAAUAUUGUUAUUACCAAUGCAAAAGGAAAAAAAGAGCGCGAGGCAUUUGAAGACCUCAGGCGGCUAGAAAUAACAAAAUAAAUUAGUAAGCGUUAUUAUUUCCAAAGCAUUUCCGUGAAGCGAAUGGCCCCCUGUUCUUUAAUUAAAGCGUGUAAAACUGCAUUGUGUAAAAAAAUUGUCAUUAACAUAGCGGCCGCACUCAGAUAUAUCAGUUACUUAGUUUGAGUAAAGUACUAAAAUAAUAACACGCAUUACCAACAUUUAAUUGACCAUACGUUUCCGAGUGCGGCUGUGAGUAGGUAUGUAACACGGUACAAUAUGUGUAGGACCACAAAACAUCAAGCUACCCCGCAAAAUGACAUUAAUUAUGAAAUUUUAUUUGAACUUGUACAGUUGAAGAUUAGAGAAUUUUAUCGUUUUGUCUUUUCCUAUGUGGCAAACUAUUGUCUGUGUAAAGUAUAUUAAUUAUACAUUUCCUUAUUACGCAAGUCUAGCUAAACAUCAAUCUAAAUUUCAAUUGUUUCUAUAGGUAUUUUAAUUUUUAUAAGUCAAUAUUGGUGUCGAUUCUGCCAGAGUUCUCUAAACUUAAAACUAAAUUUAACACCAGUCUCUCCUUUUCAUUCUGUAUAGAGAAUGACAGGGAUACACUGUUGUCAUAAUUAAGUUUAGGUAUGGAGAAUCAUCCCAGAAUCGAAACAAUUGUAUUGAUUUAUUUAAUUCAUGAAAAUGCAUCUUCAGCUAAUUACCAUUUCUUGAUGACACUUUAAUGUUAAUAAUAAUGUGGCCAUGGCGCUAUUCAGCACUGUCAAGUUUAUGGGCUAUUACACCUGGUCCGACCAACAUGUGGCCCUGGUGGGUCCAGGGGUAAUUUGUUUUACCCGUUGUCCUACCGUUCUGAAAAAUGUUCGCCAGUGGGUUUACGGGUAUUCUGUUUUUACCAUGGUCCCACCGCACUUAGUAGCAAACAUUAAUUAAAAUAUAGCUAUUUUGUUUGCAGAACACUGUUCAGAACGAUAGGACAACGGAUAAAAAAAAUACUCUUGAACCGAUCAGGGGGACAUGUUGGUGGGACCUGGGGUUAGCCCAAGCCAAAGUUUAUGCGUGUUCUAAUAAAGUUACAAAUUACAACUUUUGCACUGUAAUAUUUGAUGAUUAUGCACAUCCUUGUCAUUUGCUGCUCCGCCGUGAUAUUAAAAUGACUAAAUACCAAUGUGCUAGGCGUAUUCUACAAUAUUUAUAAUGAUUGUAAAUUUUGAGUGUGAAUAAUGAAUACAUAUUGACAUGAAUUCAUGAAAUAAAAUUUAUUUAGCGUUG